ACAGCUCAAACUAUAACAUGUCCCCAGUGCCGCUAUGUGUAUCCUCUAAAGCUGUUUGAUUUCAUGUGGUGGAAACGGCUACAUAAAAGCACCAAGCCGAGGGUAGUGUGUCAGAGGGAUCAGCGACCAAUGGGAGAUCAUUUUCCAAUUUGUCUUCUCUGGUGUCCCGCCCUGUCCCUUUUGCUCUCUCUCUCCUCCCGAUUAUUGUAUGGGUAGGAGAGCACCAUCUCUCCUCAUAUUCUGCGUUCUGCAGUUUGACAGGCUGUUCCUCAAAGAAUCCCAACAGCUUUUUUCAGUACACCUGCAAGCAGGAUGCAGCGUUUCAGAGAAGGCAUCCACAUCCGCACCAUGAAAGCCAAGAGGAAAGUGGAGGAGAUCUCCAAAGAGGACAUCCAGACUUUCCUAAAAAAGAAUGCCUUUGUUCUGUUCACGGUCGGUGCAGUGAUUGCAGGGAUCAUUUUGGGCUUUGCGUUGCGUCCCUACAAGAUGUCCUAUCGAGAGGUGAAGUACUUCUCUUUCCCUGGAGAGCUACUGAUGAGAAUGCUGCAGAUGCUUGUUCUACCCUUACUGGUCUCCAGUCUAAUAACAGGUAAAAAAA